CCCAAAUAAAUCAGUCUAAUUUCUUUGAAUGUUCACGAGCAUGGUUAGCAAAAAACACCAUUUCUACAAGGAAUUUGCCAAAAUCUUAUUAAACAAGCAAGUUACCAACUUCAUCCAAAUUUCCCCAAAUUACUAUGUUAUAAUGAAUUCCGUCAUGUUUAUGUUGUCAAUGAGCUAGAGUUUUCAUGGAAGUCUCGCGUCGUGGGUUAUGCCGAGGAGGGAAGCGCUGCUUCGAUUCAUCGAAUCGUGCGAGGACGGCAGGCAUCUCGCUUCGCUGCACGCGCUUCUGCUGAAAACGGGAGUUGCCCAUGAUCCUCGCUACGCCACCAAGCUCACCACUUCUUUGGCCAAGUACACGUCCGUUGAGGACGCCCGGAGGCUGUUCGACGAAUUGCCUCACAGAAGCGUCUACCUCUGGAACUCUAUCCUCGGGAGCUACUGCAAAGAGAGGCGGUAUGAGGAGGCGCUGCGUCUCUUCAGGCGAAUGGUGUCGGACGGAAAGAGCGCCGAAGGGAAGCCCGACAACUUCACCGUUCCGGUGGCCUUGAAGGCGUGCGCGGGCCUGCGAGUGCUGGAAUAUGGCGAGAUGGUUCAUGGGUAUGUGAAGAAGAACGGCGAGGUUGAUCUGGACAUCUUCGUGGGGUCCGCUUUGAUCGACUUGUAUUCGAAAUGUGGGCGUAUGGGUAGUGCCUUGAAAGUGUUUGGAGAGUUUCCGAGGCCAGAUGUAGUAAUGUGCACCUCUAUGAUCACUGGGUACGAGCACAAUGGUUCUCCUGUCGAAGCUCUGCAGCUUUUCACUCGAAUGGCGAAGACUGAGGGUUUUGGUGCCGACCCAGUAAGUCUUAUUACUGUCGUUUCAGCUUGUGCGCAGUUGUUAAAUCUUAAGCUUGGAAGUUCCGUGCACGGAUUUAUGUAUCGGAUGGGUUUUGAUGCCAACUUAUCUCUUCUAAACUCAGUCUUGAACUUAUAUGCAAAGACAGGUUCCAUCCGUUUGGCCACGAAUUUGUUUAGGAAGAUGCCAAGGACAGAUGUUAUCUCGUGGAGCUCUGUAAUCGCUUGUUAUGUUUGCAAAGGCACUACUGAUGAAGCAUUAAACCUUUUCAAUGAAAUGAUCGAGAAGGGUUAUGAACCAAAUGAAGUUAGUGUAGUUGGUGCCUUACAAGCUUGUGCUGCGGGAUGCAACUUGGAAGGGGGUAAGAAAAUCCAUGCAUUUGCUUCAGAGAAAAAAAUAGAGCUAAAUGUAUCGGUCUCAACUGCUAUUGUUGACAUGUACAUGAAGUGCUCAUCUCCUGAUGAAGGGUUUGAUCUCUUCCAUAGAAUGCCUAACAAAGACGUUGUUGCUUGGGUCACUCUGUUGAGUGGAUGUGCUGAAAAUGGAAUGGCAUACAAGUCCAUGGAUGUUUUCCGCAACAUGCUAGCCAGUGAAAUUGUUCCUGAUGCUGUUGCAAUUGUCAAAAUCCUCGCAGCUUGCUCUGAGUUGGGAAUUCUUCAGCAAGCCAUUUGUCUUCACAGUCACUUAAUUAGAAGUGGCUUCAGCAAUAACAUGCAUGUCGGAGCUACUCUUUUGGAAUUAUACUCAAAAUGCGGUAGCUUGGACAAUGCAAUCAAAGUUUUUGAUGGCAUGUGUGAGAAAGAUGUUGUCAUCUGGAGUUCAAUGAUUGCUGGUUAUGGAAUUCAUGGGCAAGGAAAAGAAGCUUUGAGACUAUUCGACCAGAUGACGAGAAAUUCAUCAGUGAAGCCAAAUAAUGUGACAUUCCUCUCCUUGUUAUCUGCUUGCAGCCAUUCGGGUUUGAUUGAAGAAGGAAUAGAAAUGUUUAACAAGAUGGUGCACAAAUACCAUCUGAAGCCCGACUCAGAGCAUUAUGGUAUAGUUGUCGAUCUUCUUGGUCGCGUUGGACAGUUGGAUAAAGCCAUAGAAGUUAUUAGAAAGAUGCCAACUCUGGCUGGUUCCCAUGUCUGGGGAGCUUUGCUUGGUGCUUGCAGGAUUCAUGAUGAUAUCGAGAUGGGGGAGCUUGCAGCAAGCCAUCUUCUCCAGCUGGAUCCUGAUCAUGCUGGAUACUACGUUCUGUUGUCAAACAUAUAUGCUAUGUACGGGAAGUGGGAUGAUAUGUCAAAAGUUAGAAGUCUGAUUAAGGAGAAGAAGUUGAAGAAAGCAUUUGGGCAAAGUGUCAUUGAGGUGAAGAAUAAGACGCAUACCUUUGUAGUUGAUGAUAGAUCCCACCAGGAUUCUUCGAAAAUUUUUGAACUGCUGAGGAGCUUGGAAGUGAGAAUGACAGAGGAAGGUUAUGUUCCCAAAGUGGAAGUUCAAUUAAAUGGCACAGAGGAGUUCUGCUGAGAAAGCAAAACAUGGUCGGCUUUGAUAGACGUCUCGGUGCCAUUCUUGCUGCUAGUCUAGAUAAUUGCCCGAAGGCCUCAUGUUCUGCAGUGGAUAUGACAACAUUCACUUCAGAUAGGCCUUCUAAGCGACUAGACUUGCAGACCCCUGGCAGUGUCUCUACUGAUACAGUUGCCCAUGCAUUCAAUUCUCAGUUCACUGCAGAACGGUUUCAGUCACAAGAUGAUGUUUGCUGAUAUGCCCUUCAGCUGGACUUCAGAUUUCAAUUUGCAAUGAUCCAUGCCUUGAGCCUUUUUGCAAAUUGCGGAGCUGUCACAAGGACUUUGUUCCCUGUAGAAACUCCUUUGUCCAAUCUUUUGCCAGUCUCGGAUGUUACUUUUAGUCUGGAAGAUGAGUAAUGAAUCGAUUGCCUCCUCCUGAUUGUUGCAGAAACGGCCGAGAGUGCUUUUCAAGCAUUUCCAUCCGAAACCACAUAUUAUUCUCUUCCCAUGGGUCUUCAUCUCUCACUGGUUUCAGAUAUCAAGAAUCCCCUGGGACGCAACUUUUUCUCUUUCAGUGCCAAUUCAUGGAGACUGGAUCUUAACUCACCGAAAGUACAGUAGUUUUGGAGUCCAAGCAUCAGAGAGAUUGAACGAGACAUCAAUUGCACUAACAUCUUCAUUCUUUCCUUCUAACUUGUGUAUUACGGGGCAUGAUUAGAUAUGGUACCUGUACUGUAUGUGCACCAUGCUGUCAAUUUUGGCAGUUAAAACCGUCAGCACACACUUAGCCCACAGCAUUAGAGAUACUGAUCUUAUACACUUUGUUCUACUGAUUUUCCUCAUGGAUUCUGUGGAGACAUUAUGGGCUUCCGGCUAGCGUUUUGUUUGGAAGAAA